GAUCGAGCGCCAUGAGCAUCAACGGAGCAGAGUCGGUAUCGUCGGACUCGGGGGCGCCGCUGGACCGCUUCAUGCAACGAAGGUUGCAGCGGCUAAACACCGAACAGGGUUUCCGCGAGCAGCGUCAAGCUUCGCUGUCGUCGCAACACGCCCACGCCCAACACUCGAAAUCGUCGUCUUUGCAGCACGCCGAAUUUCACCACCAACAGGCCCAACAAGUCCCGCCGCAGCAACAGCAGCAUCCGCCACAACGCCAGCAAUCCCUCCCGGACCACUCCAUCUCUGACCAGCCGCUGCCCACCCGCAUUCCUGCCCAGGUCAUCCCCAGCGUCCCGAAUUCGACUGCUACAACGCCCUCGUCGUCCUCGGCCUCGCCGCACGCCCACUCGCACUCGCAAUUCCGUCACGACACUCCGCAGCAGCCGCAAUACCAACCACUGCGCAAUCUCGCAAAACUGCACGACGACGGGCCAAUCCACCUCGCGACCACGACCUCGCUAAACAAGCAGCCCCCGCGCCAGCCCUCAAUGGCCUCGUCUCAGAGCACCGCUCCCACCCAAAGAGAACCCUCCAUUCUGUCGCAGCAACAACCACAGCAAUCCAAGGACGUCGGUCGCUCGACGCCCCAGCCCCAGGCCGAGGACUUGACCGAGGACCAGAUUCGACAAUUGCUCAACGACCACAAGGAACUCCAGGACCAAGUCAAGCAGCUGCAAAACAGUCUCGCUCACCAAAGAAUCGCCCAAUCACGCACUUCUCUCGACGACGGCGAGUACGCGACCCGCUUCAACCGCCUGGAUGGCCUGAUCGCACAAUUGUCCUUCAGCAUUAGGAAGAGCUGGAAGUCGGUGCCGAACUGGCUUACUCCUGCUGUCAACAAGGAUGCUAUAACCAUUGGCAAGCAAGAGAUGACGGCAGUGGGACGCGCUUUUAUUUCGAAAUGGCUGGUUGAAGACGUCUUUGACCGCUACUUCCACCCGGACCUCGACCUAGCCCUCUCGACGCAAUUGAAACAAAUGCAGAACAACAUCCGUCUCUUCGCCCCACCCGCUUCUGUCCACGAAGAUGAAGAGUACCUUACGUCCAAGGUUGUCAACUGGCGACUAACCACGCUCGAGGCUAUGCAGGACAUCUUGCGACUUCCCGAGGCUCAAAAUCACCGCGCCCACAUGACCGACUUGCUCAAGACGCAGCUUCGUACCGCUUUGGAGGCGCACCUCGACAACCCUCCCAUGUCUGACCUUGAGGGCGGAGCAAACAUGAUCUGUGAACUCGCAGUUGCAAUGCUGGGCCAUCUACCACAGGAGAGUCGCGAUGUCACGAUCGAGUAUUUCCCUCCGGGAACUGCCUUGAACAUUGACAUGAUGAAGAUCGAGUCGGGUAUUCCAGCCUUGACGACUUCGAUCGCGGACGAGAAGGCCGAGCGAGGCAGCGUGCACAGCGAAUUGGCCGAAACCAACGACCGAGCAUCGAGUGAGCUGAACUCGCGCAGACGCAACAUGCUUAGUGCUCUGACAGGGCAUAAGAAGGGCCAUCCGGCACAGGGAAAAUUGAACGGCGGCAGCAGCACCAGUCUGGCUGGCAAAGAGGAUCGUGUGCGGCUGGCAGUCGGUAUUGCAGCUCACGUUCGAGAGCGCGGGAUUCUUGUCAAGGCUCCCGUCUUCACGAAUAUG